AUGAAGCCGCUGAUCGCUCGCCUUCCGAUCCUCCUCGCCCUCCUACCUCUCCUUCGAUAUGCAGCCGCCUCAGCUCCUCUGCCCUACCGGACGCCGCCUCCGCUUCGACGGCAAGACGCGUCCACUGUAUCAUCCAGCUUGCCACUCUUCCCCACAAUCACAGCCUCUUCCGCCUCGCCAACCGAGCCGCCCACUCCAUCGACAUCUUCCGGCUCAUCCCAUGAGUUCAUCAUCACCAAAACACUCGAGGUGGCGGAUAAGCCAAUACCACUGGCAGCUACCGUGGGACUAAUCAUGCCCAAUCCGUAUGAUGAGAUCUUUGUCGAGGUCGGAUACAACCUCGGCUUUGUCGACGUCGUCCCUCGCCCAGCGCCAACUAUUGGCGGAUGGCUUCGACUAGUGAAUCCACUUCUCAUCUUGCCUGACUAUGCUGUAAAUGUCUUCCCAAACUCUGGAACAGCCGAUCCAGGGUCGGCUCUGGCCAUACCUCCAGCCUCUGGCGGUCUUUGUGGCGCCACGGGGGAAGACUACCCCGUCAGCUACCCGUUCAUCUUCCACCGGCCCGGGUGGUACAUGUUCGUCGUAAAUCAGACCUUCAUCCAGCCCACAGUCACCAACUCAACCUGCGGCCUCCCCCUAGUCUCUCAAAAGUCCUUCUUCGCCACACACCUCCUCUCCCUCUCCCCCCUCCCGACCGGAGGACCUAUCCCCCGAGCGCCUACCUCCACCUACACCCUCUUUGCAGGGCUGAGCACGAAUCUUCCGGAUGCUCUACCCCUCGAGGAGCAUACCGUCAGCUCGACGGAGAAGCUGGGGAUCGGACUGGGAGUCACGGGCGCGGUGUUGGCUUUUGCGGGAUGUGUGGGGUUGGUGUUGUAUGUCCGGAGCAGGCGGAAAGCUAAGCGCGAGAUCAUAGCGUUCAACCGGUUGAAACCGCACGAUCAGGCACAAUUCCUCGCGGACAAUCCGGAUCAUUUUCUUAAUCCCUAUAGGAAAGCAGGGAGAGCAGGGGUCGGUGGAUGGGGAAGACCAGUAACGGGCUGGAGAGGGUGGGGGAGGUGGAACCAGGGGGGCGGGUCGACUGGAUGGGGCGGAAGAGCCGGGCAGCCAGGUCAGCCGGGAUGGGGCGGGGCGGAUCUCGCCGGGCAGGGUGUGCAAGAGGGGUAUGGAUGGGGAGGUGUGCAAGAGGGGAUGAGGCAGGUGUAUAACGUGCCGUCGGGGCAGGCGGGCAUGGGGGUCAUGGGCGCACCAGGGCCAGGGCUGCUACCACUGCAGCAGCCGUUGAUGGUUUGGCCGACGGGACAGCAGGGUGGGUAUGGGUAUAGGUAG